AUGAUUAAACAACAGCAACCACAGCAACUUAAGGCGCAAAGCACCCAGGUCCUUCAGACCAUUACAUACGCCAUAUAUGCAUAUAAUUCAAAGACAGCAGAACAAACACAAAGGUUGAAAUAUGGAGAUUUGGAGAUAGUAUUGAAAAAUGA